AUGGCAAGGCAGCACCUGGAAGCUGAUUGGCCCCCCCAUGAGGAUGUCAGGGUCUUCCCACUGCUAAAGAAGGACACCCUUGCCUUGUCCUGUCGUCCCUUAAUGAGAGUCCAGGAUCCCGCUUGCGUCACUAGGCUUGCGCACACGUUUGCUCUGGCAACCGCCGGCAUUAUGUUGGCGCCCCUAAACUUUCCAGGGACAGCUUACAACAAGGCGAUCCAUGCAGGGAAGAGCUUGCGCUUUGAUCUGCUGCCCAUUAUAAAGAGGACGAAAAAGGAGAUUAUGGAGAACAAGGACAUGGUGGCGAAGGACUUCCUGUCCCGGAUGCUGCUUGCAGAGGAUGAGAAUGGCCAGCCAGUCAUGAAGGAGACCGAGAUUGGUAAUACAAUCAUAACUAAACUCCUUGCAAGCCAUGAAUCGAGCAGUACCAUGAUCACAUUUGUGGUGAAAUACCUUGCCGAGCAUCCCAACGUAUACGAGCGGGUCUUGAAAGGUACAAGUCGUGUAGAUACAUUGGCAGCUGCUCACCUGGCCCCACCUCUUCUUCCACAUUACAGUCUCUUAUUGAUUUUCGAAGCUUGUUCAGCUGCAGAUCACUGA